AUGGCACGCAUGCGGUCACGGGCACGCUCGCAAGUUCAAGCAAACGCUAGUGAUGCAUCAACUGAAGCACCCGUCGCAUUUGACACCAAUGUUGUUAUACAGUCACCUGCCACGGUAAUGGAUGACUCAACUGCAAGCAUUCCUCCACCUUCUUCGUCCACGCUUUGGGAAAUCGAAAUGCCGGCUUCCGGAAGUGGAGGAAGUGACGCAUCGCAUGAGAGUCAUUUUGCCGCUGCUGCGGCCAUCGCAGUGUUAGGACGAGGUGUUCAUUUUGGGGAUGCUGUCGCUGCAGGCCGAGUCGUUAGGCUAAUCUAUCAAGGUCAGCUUCUUCGAGAAGAUUCGAGAACAUUAGCCUCGUACGGUCUCCGUGACGGUUCUGUAGUUCAUUGCCAUAUCAGUAAUACACCAUACGCUAGACAGGCCCCGUCUACUUCGCAACCAGUGACUUUUUCAUCAAAUGUGAGGCAUCGCGAUGUUACUCCUAAUGACACACCUUCCACGUCCAAUGUGAGGCCUGAAACACAAGAGUUUCGAUAUCCUCGUUGGGCCGUUGCGCUGCUGUUGUACACCUACCGUUUCCCGCUAAUUGGUUUGCCUUUGGAUGCCGUUAUACGAUUUCUGUUUGAUAGGCAGAUGGCUCCUUCGGCGGAACCCGGCGUUGUUCGUCGUACAUAUCAAAGGUAUUCUUUCCUAAAA